CUUUAUCACAGCGGUUCACUGUGUUCACUUCCGUGUGGGAACCUUACGGCUAAAAACAUUACCAUGGGGAGCACGGAGCGUCGCUCUCAGCAUGGUCAGUGAUGGGAGCAUGAUCCACAGGCAGGUUUUAUUCUCUCAGGAUUUGAUGUGCUUUGAGUUGGCGAGUCAUUAUGCUGCUGCACCUGUGUGGUGUUAAGAACCUGUACCAGGGCAGGUUUCUGACUGCUAUGUCCUCGCCAUCCCGGAGCUCCCAGAGCCAUCGCCGGUGUAAGAACAGGGCACGUUAUAGCCUCACAGCUGAACAAUGCCCCCCCAUCGACCCCAGCAAUCCCUUAACCCUUCCACGAUCCUCUAGCGACCCAGAUCUGGUGUCAAGCCACAGCCGCUCCACCCUCACAGUCAACACCUCGACCUACAGCAUCGGCCAGCUACAGGACAUACUCAUCUGCUGGGAUAUCAAAGAGGAGGUGGACCCUGGGGACUGGAUCGGCAUGUACCUGAUCGGUGAGUUAUCAGAUGAGGUUCUGUCAGAGAACUUUCUGGAUUACAAGAACCGUGGGGUGAAUGGAUCCCAUAAAGGGCAGAUUGUUUGGAAGAUUGAUUCCAGCUCUUACUUUAUGGAGUCUGAGACCAAGAUUUGUUUCAAGUAUUACCAUGGAGUGAGCGGGGCACUGAGAGCCACCACCCCCUGUGUUACUGUGAGAAACCCAUCUGCUAUUGUCUUGAAGCCUGUGAUGACUCAGGAUGUCACGCAGAGUCUCGGCAACAGGAGGCUCAUCAGCUUCUCCCUGUCAGAUAUCCAAGCAGUGGGUCUGAAGAAGGGGAUGUUCUUCAAUCCUGAUCCAUAUUUGAAGAUCGCCAUCCACCCUGGAAAGCACAGCAUCUUCCCUGCUCUCCCCCACCACGGUCAAGAGAAGAGAUCCAGCAUUAUCUGCAACACCAUCAACCCCAUCUGGAAGAGAGAGAGAUUUAACUUUGUCUCUCUGCCGACGGACGUUUUGGAGAUUGAGGUGAAAGACAAAUUUGCCAAGAGCAGGCCCAUCAUCAAACGCUUUCUGGGUAAAUUGUCUGUGCCUGUGCAACGGCUACUGGAGAAGCAUGCUAUUGGAGAUCGUGUGAUUAGCUAUGCUCUAGGCCGCAGGCUGCCAACAGAUCAUGUCAGUGGACAGCUGCAGUUUCGUUUUGAGAUAACAUCUUCUAUUCAUCCAGAUGAUGAGGAAGUUUCUGUUAAUGCAGAGGCUGAGACCCCUGACCAGCAGGAAGCAGAGGAGCUGAAUAUCGACCCACCAGUGUCUGCUGACUUGGAUGCAAAAGAUGAAGAUCUAAAUGAGCUUAAUGAGAAUAUCUCUCUGGAGGUAGAGGCACAGAAUCCUUUGAUGCUGUCUUCCACUAAACCUACUUCCCCUGCUCAUAUUGUCUCCAGGACAGAGGAAUCAGAGGGGGUUGGAAAUCUAGAGGAGGCACCAAAAGAUGAAGAGAACAGACCAUCUGAGGAUUUGUCGUGCACAGUUCAGCUCACUGAACAUCCAGAAGAGAGCCCUGAGGAACCAGCUGAGGAGCUUGGAGAGGUGCAUCAUGAUGAGGAUAUAAAAGUUACAGAGGAUGUUGUAGAAGCUCAGAGAGAUGAUAUAGCUGCUGAUGAUAUAGGCACAAGAGAUGAGGAGGUGAAUGAAGAAGCUAUUGGGGUAAGGACAGAGGUUGAAGAUACUACAGAGUUGGAAGGAGCUACAGGCUCAGUGCAGACAGAAGAAAGAGAGGAGGGAGAGAGUGACAGUGUAGAACCAUGUUCUCCCAGGACAGCAUGUAUUAUGAAGCGAAAGGCCAUGAAGCGCCGGCCAUGUUCACUGCCUGUCUCUGAACUUGAGACAGUCAUUGCCUCUUCUUGCACAGAACCUGAGACGCCACGAUCACACUACAUACGUAUACACCACCUCCUGCACAGCCUUCCCUCCGCCCAGCAUGGCUCCCACAGCCAAGACAAUGGGGAGACGAUAGAUUCUUCUGAGGAUGUCAGUGUAAAACCUGCAGAGUAUGAAAAGGAGGUAGCUGAUGAGACAGAGGAAGGAUCAAGCGAGACUCGGUCUCCAUCAGUAGUUCCAGAAUGUCUUGGACCUUGCUGUAGAAGGAUUCUGCCUCCGAGCCUCUCUAUCGAAAGGCUGUCUGAGCUCAACCAGCUCUUGGAGGGCGAGACCCGUUCACGCUUCGAGAGUGAGGAUGGGGAAACUGAAAGUGGUGGAGGAGGCCAUCGGGUUCACAGGGAGAGCGAAUGUGAACUGUGUGACACCUCCUGCUACAGCACCUCAUGCUACAGUACAUCCUGUUACAGCACCUCCUGUUACAGCAACUCAGGCCACGAUGGACGAAACCGCAUCUGCAGCCACACACGCCUGUCAUCUGUGGACAGCACACGUCUGUCAGAAAGCACCGUAUUUUCCUCGCAGGAGGAAGAGGAAGAAAACAGUGCCUUUGAGUCAGUAACAGACUCAGGACAGAGCCCAGAUGCAAGGGAGUUGGGAGACAUUUCCCCCCCGUGGUUGGAGGAGCAAAAUGAGGGAGGUCACUCACAGUCCCCAGUAGCUGGACCCAGUGUUGGGUCACCAGGAGCUAGUCACCGACCAAUCAGUCAGCUUCCUGCUAUGCGGGCCACCUCCUACCAUUACCCCAGUGUUGAUGACUCAUUGCCACCAAACUGGGAAGCCAGGAUAGACAGCCAUGGCCGUGUCUUCUAUGUUGACCAUGUGAAUCGCACCACCACAUGGCAAAGACCCGGCCAAGCUACAAAAUUUCCCAGCAUGCACCGGUCCAGCUCCAUCCAGCACAUGGAGCAACUCAACAGGAGAUAUCAGAAUAUCCAGAGGACCAUGGCUACUGAGGAUGAGUGUGGAGGGCAAAGGCUGGAGAGCAGCAGCAGCACAGAGACCGAGAGUGACACCCCAUCUCAGCCUGCUGAUGCAAGGAGAGAAGGCUCAUCCCCACCGACGAGCAAUCAGACGAUCACACUGCUUCUGCAAAGUCCAGCAGUCAAGUUUGUUACUCAUCCAGAAUUCUUCACAGUCCUACACGCCAAUUAUGGGGCAUACCGGAUGUUCACCAACAGCACCUGCCUAAAGCACAUGAUUCUGAAAAUCCGGCGGGACGCUCGCAACUUUGAACGCUACCAACAUAACCGCGACCUUGUCACAUUCCUUAACAAGUUUGCAGACACACAGCUGGAGCUGCCAAGAGGCUGGGAGAUCAAAGUAGAUCCACAGGGCAAGUCAUUUUUUGUGGACCACAACAGUCGAGCCACUACCUUUAUCGAUCCCAGAAUCCCCUUUCAGAACGGAUGUUUGCCUAAUCAUCUCACACAUCGGCAACACUUGCAGAGACUACGCAGCUACAGUGCUGGAGAGGCAUCUGACGUGUCCCGCAGCCGAGGUGCGUCUCUCUUGGCCAGGCCUAGCAACAGCCUCGUAGCUGCCAUCAGGAGCCAAUACCAAAAUGACUCAGUGCCCUUAGCAUAUAAUGAAAAGAUUGUGGCUUUUCUACGCCAGCCAAACAUCCUGGAGCUGCUGCAGGAAAGGCAGCCUAGUUUGGCCCGCAAUCACACACUCAGGGAGAAGAUCCAUUACAUCAGGACGGAGGGGCCACAGGGGGUGGAGAAGCUGUCUUGCGAUGCAGACCUGGUUAUGUUGUUAAGUUUGUUUGAAGAGGAGAUCAUGUCAUAUAUCCCAACUCACCCAUUCCAUCCUGGCCUCAACUUCUCCCCGAGAUGCUCUCCUGGAUCCUCACCCCAGAAUUCACCAGGACUGCAGAGAGCCAGAGCACCUGCUCCCUAUCGCAGGGACUUUGAAGCCAAACUGCGCAAUUUUUAUAGGAAGCUAGAAGCCAAGGGCUAUGGCCAGGGGCCAGGAAAAAUUAAGUUGAUCAUCAGAAGAGAGCACCUACUCGAAGGCACCUUUAAUCAUGUGAUGGCAUAUUCACGCAAAGAGCUCCAGAGGAAUAAACUAUACAUCACGUUUGUGGGAGAGGAAGGUCUGGACUAUAGCGGGCCUUCGAGGGAGUUCUUCUUCCUGCUAUCUCAGGAGCUUUUUAACCCAUACUACGGCCUGUUUGAGUAUUCAGCCAACGAUACAUACACCGUCCAGAUCAGCCCCAUGUCUGCCUUCGUAGAGAACCAUUUAGAAUGGUUCCGCUUCAGUGGACGUAUUUUGGGCCUGGCACUGAUUCAUCAGUACCUACUGGAUGCAUUCUUCACCAGGCCCUUCUACAAGGCUCUGCUUCGACUAGCGACAGAUCUGAGUGAUUUAGAGUACUUGGAUGAGGAGUUCCACCAGAGCCUGCAGUGGAUGAAAGAUAAUGAUAUUACAGACAUUCUGGACCUGACCUUCACUGUGAAUGAGGAGGUCUUUGGACAGGUAACAGAGAGGGAGCUGAAGUCAGGAGGAUCCAACAUCCAAGUUACAGAGAAAAACAAGAAGGAGUACAUUGAGAGAAUGGCCAAGUGGAGGGUGGAGAGAGGGGUGGUGCAGCAGACAGAAGCAUUGGUUCGGGGUUUCUAUGAGGUGGUAGAUUCCCGUCUGGUGUCGGUUUUUGAUGCUCGGGAGCUGGAGCUGGUCAUUGCGGGAACAGCAGAAAUUGACCUGAGUGACUGGAGGUCCAACACAGAGUAUAGAGGAGGCUACCAUGAUGGACACAUCGUGAUUCGGUGGUUUUGGGCGGUGGUGGAGCACUUUAAUAACGAGCAGAGGCUACGGCUGCUGCAGUUUGUGACGGGUACGUCCAGCGUGCCCUACGAGGGCUUCGCAGCCCUGCGUGGGAGCAAUGGCCCACGCCGCUUCUGCAUCGAGAAAUGGGGCAAGAUCACCUCUCUACCCAGGGCUCACACAUGCUUUAACCGCCUGGAUUUGCCCCCGUACCCUUCGUACACCAUGUUGUAUGAGAAACUGCUGAUCGCCGUGGAGGAGACAAGCACUUUUGGUCUGGAGUGACCGAUCCAUUGACUAUAUUUUUUAAAAAAUACUGUGCUUUGACCUUCAAGAGACUGCUAUUUUCUAAUGAAAUCCAUCAAAGCAUUCAUCUGGGAUUGUUUUUUUUUGUGUGUUUAACUGAAAGUGCAUGAAGUAUACAUAAUGGAAAUAUUGUACAUAUUGUAUUAUUAUUAUUAUAAUUAUGCGGCUGAGGAAGGGAAAUACAGUAUUAGUACAUAGUGAAAACCUGCAUCCAGCCUACCAGGUAGUAUAUCUGACUGAAUUCUCGUGCUAAUGUUCAUGUUACUAAGGAGGCGUUUUAUGACCUUAUCUUACUGAUAUGCUGUUAUUGUGCAUGAAGGAUAAAGCUCACCUGACCAAUGGCCUACAUACUGUAAGAGGACGUGACAUCUAUUAACAUCUUCAACUUACAGUCAAAGCUCUGUUAACAUUCCCUCUAUUUUUUAUCACUCUAAUUUAAAAUGACCAGUUUAUGAGUGAAAAUGAUUGACACUGAGAUAACGGGAAGAUGUACACACAUAAUCACUGUGAUAUGAAUAACAUCCAGAGCUCAGGUUCUAUCACUAACACCUCUUCAGUGACCCGUUCAGCUGGAUGUGAUUUUAGAUUGGAAAGAUCAAAUUUAAUUUCUAUCAAUAGGCUCAACAAAGAAACUGUUCAUUUGAGCAGGGAAUUAUAUCACUGGGUUUCACUGAUGGAAUAAUAAGAAUAUGGAGGACAUUUAUUACUCUCUCUCACACACAAACACACACACACACACACUUAAAGACAGCUAGGCUGCUGCAUUCUAACCUAUUUUAAGUUCAUAAUGACCUCAGAAUAUAAAACAGAAAAGGUGUAACCCUUUCACGUCAUCUGUACUUUGAUUGGAUAGUGUGUGCUUAAUCUAUAUGCAAAAUUCAUUUCAAGGGGAAAAGGGAAUAUAGAGUAAAUCAUCCACUUUGUUCACAUUGCCUGAAUCUACAGUCUGGGCUAGAAAGACAUCAGCCUCAAUUCUUUAUAGCGUCCAUACAAUUUGCCUGUCUUAUCAGUAAUGCUGUAAUGCUGGGUUCCACAAAAAUCCCAAAUAAUACAUCGUUUGAAUAAUCAGAUGUGAAUACUAAAUAUAAAAUUAUAUACUGAUGUCUAUUCAUGAGUUCAGCUAGCAGACUGAAAUUCUAAAGCUCUGUCACAAUUCUCUGUCAGAAUCUCAUGUCAGUGUCCUCUCACUCCAGGAGAUAUAGAGGUAAAAAGACAGCAGGAUGAUCUAGGUGAUGUAAGGGAAUUUACAGUAUACCCAGAUUAGCAUCUUAAACGCUAAUCUCUUCAGGAUGCUCUGGUAUUUCUGACUCCAAAAUAACUUCUUGAGUGUUUUCACUUGAGCAUUCUUUCAAGAUAAGUGGUUCAUCAGAUGAUUUUAGACGCACAGUGAAAGGCGUGAUGUUAUUGCUUUAUUUCUCAAUCGCGUCUUUCAAAUGUUUCAACAAUUUAAAAUGUGCAAAGCCAAGAAAACAGAUAAAACAGACGGAAUAUCACUCUGAUACUAGUAUUCAUUAUAUGCCAAAUUGCAAAUAUGCCAAACUGCAGGCCCAGGACUGGGGGAAAAAAAUGGAAUAUGCAAUGAACAUAAGGAGCCUUGAUAAAGCAGUGCAUUUAAUUAACAUUGUUAUUUUUCCUUUCCUCUGAGCUUUUGCCAUUGUACCUCCAUGAUUAUUUAGAGCAAUGAACAAUACUGAGACCACAUAGAUAUCCAUAUUAACCCUUGUAGAUAUUGAGAACUAGAGAUUUAAUACAAUUUCCAGUAUGGCCUCUGAUACUGAAAUCGAAUCUCUAGUAUUUACCUGUAGGUAUAUACAGAACAUAUGCUUACUGUCUUAAUAUGUUUAUUUUGUGCUUUCGGUUUCAUAUGAUAAUGAUAAUGCAUUUAUAUAUUUUUAGUUUCUUGGUUCAUUUUUAUUUUUUAUUGUGCUGUUUUGUUUUGUUUUAUUAUUAGCAUGAGUGGGAUCAGAUGACGGUGACUGAUGGUAAUGUGAAUUGAUGUCAUUCAUUACUUACAAUGUUUCAUAGUUUAUUUCACUGGGUACACCUUGUGUUUAUUUAUUUCUUGUAUUUUUUUGAAGGGACCAUUAAUAAAUUACAGACGAGUUUUAAUAACAUUACACUAAUGCCUAUGAUCUAUUCCUGUAAUGCACUGAAUUAUUGAAAUGUGUAACUCACAACUAUAUUUAAAUUGCGUUCCUCUAAUAAAAAAGCUCUUUAUAAAUUAA